GUUGACUUCGCCUAGACGUAACACCUAGUCGUGGAUGUUCGUCUCUGUCAACCAGUAGCAGCGCUUCGCGGGCUUCACCUGAUUCUUCCCUGGAGACAAGGUCAGGCUGUCUCCACAAAAUGGCGGCCAUGUCUUCGCUGCAGGCUACUUGCGAACUCUGUUGCCUCACACACGGGGAGUGAGGAGGGCAUGAACUAGAUACUGUACUUCUCGAUCCACUUACCAUUGCAUUGAGGCCUCGUUCUUAUAGAAGAUUUUCUGGUUCCUUGGUCGCAGCAUAGGAAUGGAUUUCCUUUUCAGACAUUUACGGUGUUAGUGCUGUCGUCAGGUACUGUCCAUUCUUGGCAAGUCGCGACAGAUCGUUUGACCGAACCACCGUAACCCGUACCAUACCUUUAUAAGUGUACGGAUCGGCAAUCUUAAGAAUUGCGUAUAUUGAGGGGAUCGGCUCCAUGUCGUCAGGACAUAGAAAUGGGGAUUUACACAUUGGCACCAGUCGAGACAACACACAUGUUUUUUCAAGCGGAGCUCAUUUCUCGCCCUCCUACUCGCAAGCAACCGGCAGGAUGGGAAGCGGAGGGACUCUGGCGGCGAGUCACAAGAAGCAGAGCGAGGCGACGAACCAGAAGCACAAGCACAGGCCGAAGCAACGGCCGUCCUUCUCCCGCCGACCGCCGCUCAUGCUUCCGAAAACAUGGCGGAUGCUACGGUUCUUAGUCUUCGCCUUUGUCAUCGCGUUAGCUCUGUCGUCGUUCUUGCUGUCAGGGAUCGCUCCCUUUCUGGGUAACCCUAAAGCGAUCUGGGCGUUUCUAACCACCCGACGAGUACGUAGAAUAGCAUUCGGGUCGGGAACAACUCCGGAGAACACGUCACAGCCAGUCUGGACGCGAGGCGUUAUUCCGUCGUCGCCUGACGUGUGGAUAUGGCUUGGUGACAUGGCGUAUCUUGACGAGCCCGAGGUGAACUGUACACGGUGGCCGUUACAUCCGCAAUGUAAUUGUACCAGCGACUGGUUUCAACAACAGGGAAUGUCAUGUGUCAGAGGAAACAGCAAGUACGCCAUCACUAGAAUGCAGCAACAAUUACAGAACCCAGAUUAUGUGAAAUUUCUGCAGUUCAUGUGUCCGCGCUACAAGCCAAGCAACACCACCCCGAUACCUGACGGGUCUGACCCGUCCUCAUGCCCUCGCCACAUCCUGGGGGUCUAUGAUGACAGAGACUUUGGCUGGGCGCACGGGUACAAGCGGCUGAUGCACAAGGACCCGCUCAAGUCCGUCUUCCUCGACGCCCUGGGCGCGCCCAAGGAGGACCCCCGGCGCGACAGAGGCGACGGCAUCCAGGCCGUGUACCACCUGAACGAGGCGCUGCCAGGUCAGCAGAUAGACGUGUUCCUUUUGGACGAGCGGUACUACCGGGAGAACCUGCCGUGCCACAUCCGCAGAGACUUCUGCACGUCAGUGAUGGACCUGGACAGACCGCACAGCUGGCGCUCGUGGUGCGGUGACUUUCUCGGGCGAGAGGUGGCUCGGAAUCGGUGGUCCUGCUGCGACAAGGACGAGAAGCUGUUCCAAGCGUGGUGCGGGCACGAGGCGCACCGCAACCACUCUCUAUGGGAAGAGGCGUGCAACCCGGCGCAGGAGGCGUUUGGGUCGCAGAAGAUCAGCGUGCGCAAGAAGGGCAAGGACGUGGCACUGUGGGACGUGUACAUUGAGGAGCAGCCCGAGCCCCACAACUCGCAGUACUGCGAAGUGCUGGGCCGCCAGCAGCGCCUGUGGCUGCAGGAGGAGCUGCAGGACUCGGUUGCCCCCAUCAAGAUCAUUGUGUCGCCCUCGCCUGUGUUCACGAAUCCUCUGCCCCAGCCCUGCUCGCCCUUCCCCAAGGAACUUUCCACUGCUGCCACGCUUACCGGACCUUAUGGAUCCGAACCUCCUGCCGAACCGGAGCUGACAGGCUUGGCAGGAGCUGCAUCAGGGUUGGCGGCAGCUCCAUCUGCUGCCAAUGGUUCGGCUUCAGAGGCCCCUUCAGCAUCCAUUCCUCCUGUCGCACCUUUCGUGGAGGACCCAGUUACCAACGUAACGCAGUGCACGUGCUCAGGGGACGACUGGGAGUGUUACAAGCCGGCGCAGCUGCACUUCCUGGAGAUGCUGUCGCGGGCAGAGAGGGGGUGUGUGGUGCUGCUGACAGGCGACAUGGGGUACUCUGACAUCAAGGUGUUCCGGCCAGGGCCAGGGCGGGCGUACACGGAUCUCUACCGCAGCUCGCAGCACUACCGCCCCAUCUACCAGGUGAUGGCAAGUGGCCUGACAAGGAGACCACGGAUAGACACUUCAUGCAGCCCAGGCAACGCAUGGACGCAUGACCCUCUCAAGAUGCGCCACCCCUCGGAGUGCUCUGUGGCCCCUGCGCCGUCCUUCGGCAUGGUGGAGGUGGAUUGGGAUAGAGAAAAGGUGGUGAAGUUGCAAGUGAGGGACGGGGAUACGAGUCAAGUUAGAAUAGAGCUUGUUUUGGAUUUGGCCGAGUGCCUAAACCAUUGAAGAAUAAACACCAUCAGAUUUGGUAAGGCCUUGCAUUUCUCACAAUAAGACCUGAGGUUUCACUAGGUACUUAGAGCAAUUUCUAACCA